ACAGAAUCGGUCAAGUCAAAAGGGUGGACAUAAUAGAUAAUAUAAAAACAUAAUACAAGGUGAUCAACAAUGGUUACCAUAAUGCCUCCCGCUAUCUCUAAUAGAAGGGUUGGUUUGUUUUGGUCUAAGACACAGUCUGGCUAUGCAGAUCAGGCUGGACUUGAACUCACUAUGUAGCCCAGGCUGGCCUCAAAUUUGCAGUGCUCCUUCUGCCUCAGUUUCCAAAGUGCUAAGAUUCCAGGUAUGUACCACUAUGUCCGGCUCUUAUUUUAAACGUUAAGAUUUUUCUUUCUGGGAGAUUAAUGUUAUCUUUAGUUUUGCUCUUGAAUAUUAAUUUUAUGUAUAUUAUGUGCUUUAUAAAGUUAGACUUACCUUAUGAUGCACAAGAAUAGUGAUAAACAUUAGGGGAGCAAAUUAUAUAAAGGAUGACUUAUGUGCAUUUCCUACUAAGGAAGUAGUUGUAUUGAAAUGUAAUAGUUUCAUUUAAAACCUGUAAUAAAAAUUAUGCAUUUGGCCCUUGUCCCUGGUUCCUGGCAUAAAACCUUUGGAAUUUCUUGACAGAAUGGAACAGAGGAGGGAGAUGAGGCAUGGAGACUAAGUUUAGCCACCAGUGGCCAAUGAUUGAAUUGAUUAUGCCAUUGUAAUAAAAGAUUUUUGGUAGAACUCUAGGACUCCUGACUUCUCAGUGAACACAUCAGUGUAUUCACUGAAAAUAUGUAGAGCUCUGCACUGAAAAAUCUAUGCUAGCCUUCACCCCCAUACUGGUUGAUUUUGGGUGUUAUGCUUUGUGUCUAGAUGUCCCCCCAAAGCCUCAUGCAGUCAUAGGUAGGGUUUUACAGGGGUGGCUGGAUCUAUAGUGUGUGGCUGGUUUAUGCAGUGCUAGGAUUAACUGUGAGUGAUUACUAAAGCAGUCCACUGAUUGGUUUGGCACCGCCCUAACCCUGGUAGUCUAGGUAGAAUAUAAAAGGGGCAGAAAACAGCUGCUAGGUCCUUGCUCACUUGCUUUGCUACCUUCUACCCACUGGGAACCAUUUCUCCUCUGCGAUGUCCCUUUGCUAUGCCACCCUGCCUCAGAGCCAGUCAAUAUCUGACCAAGCAGGUGGAACUUCUACGGCAAAUGAACGAACAGCAUGCAAAAGUUUAUGAGCAAUUGGAUGUCACGGCAAGGGAACUGGAAGAAACAAAUCAAAAGCUAGUUGCUGACAGCAAGACCUCACAGCAAAAAAUUCUGAGCCUGACAGAAACAAUUGAGUGUCUGCAAACCAAUAUUGAUCACCUCCAAAACCAAGUCGAGGAAUUGAAAUCAUCUGGCCCAGGGAGGAGGAGACAGAGGAGAUGUGACCAGGAGAAACCAACACCCAGCUUCUCCUGUCUGAAAGAGCUCUAUGACCUCCGCCAACACUUCGUUUAUGACCAUGUAUUUGCCGAGAAGAUCACUUCCUUGCAUAGUCAGCAAAGCCCUGAAGAAGAAGAAAAUGAGCACUUGAAAAAGACAGUGACAAUGCUGCAGGCCCAGCUGAGCCUGGAGCGUCAGAAGCGCCUGACCAUGGUGGAGGAGUACGAGCUCGUGCUGAAGGAGAACAGUGAGUUGGAGCAGCAGCUGAGAGCCAUAGAUGCCUACCAGGCAAGGGCUCUGGAGCUGGAGGCCGAGGUGGUGGAGAUGCGCCGCAUGCUGCAGGCAGAGCAUCCUUUUAUGAAUGGAGUUGAGAAGCUGAUGCCAGACUCUGUGUUGGUUCCUUUCAAAGAGCCCAGCCAGAGUCUGCUGGAGGAGAUAUUCCUCACAGUUUCAGAAGUGUACAAAAAGCCUCUCAAACGCAGCAGUAGUGACACAGUCCUCAGCAGCCUGGCAGGGAGCGAUAUUGUGAAGGGCCACGAGGAGACCUGCAUCAGGAGGGCUAAGGCUGUAAAGCAGAGAGGCAUCUCCCUUCUGCACGAAGUAGAUACUCAGUAUAGUGCCCUGAAGGUGAAGUAUGAAGAGCUGCUGAAGAAGUGCCAGCAGGAGCAGGAUUCCCUAUCACACAAAGCUGUGCAGACCACCAGGGCUUCGGCUAGAGACCUGAUGAGAGUUGAUCCCCAGGCUGAGCCUGGCACUGAUGCCCUGCCCGAGCUUGAAACCAAUGGCUGGGAACCUUCUCCUGUCACCCCGGAGUGCGUCGGUUCUCCUACUGCCACAGCACCUCCAGAAUACAAGGCACUAUUUAAGGAGAUCUUUAGUUACAUCAAUAAAACUAAACAGGAAAUAGAUGAACAGAGAACGAAAUACCGAUCUCUGUCCCCUCAUUCUUAACCUGCUGCUCUACUGCUAAUUGGCCUAUUUCCCUUCAUCUCUGCCUCCCAUUCUGACGACUGUUUAUGGACUUGAAAGUCCUUAUUUAGCAAAUGCAGACAGCAAGGAAAGCAGAUAGCUACUGCUAUCCUUCCACAAUUCAUUUGAAGCUACCUAAGAAAUGCCAUGACAAACUGACCUCUGGCUGGUGCAGAUUAAGCCGGUUGCUGGAAAAGCACUGAAACCAGUGGAGGGAGGUCCACGAUCCAUGACAAAUAGGCCUCGAGUUACUGUAGUACUGGAGGAGGGGCACAGAGUGAGAAAGAACAAGCCAAGGCAAUACCUGUUGCCUCCUUGCUCAACUUCUCAAAACUAGAAGCUGGAGGGCUGCUACACUGAGAUCUUGUAAACACUGCUGAUGACUGUGAACUCAUUUGGAAGAAUGUUUAAGAGAAAGCAUAAUGCUCUUAAGACUGGAGUCUUGUUAUGUGUGCUACCAGUUGAACUGUGACUGACAGAUAAUCCUGAUAUAUAUCAAUCUAACUGAAUCCCAAAUUGAAAUGGCAACUCUAAUUAGAUGAAAACUUGUUGGUAUGGCCCUCAAGGGCCGCCACCACCCACAUUCAAAUGUUUUACUCAAAGAUAUAGUUAUUAGGUGAUUAUAUAAAUGUUUAAGUUCCUUUCUCAAAUUUAGACUACAAGGUAAAAAACCCCUUCCUCUCUUAGGUGUUGUGAGCUGGUAGAUCUGCCAGCCAGAAGCUGCUCCUGUUCAAUUUUUAUCAUCCCGUAAGUAAUUUUGACUUGUUGUAGAAAUUCUUGUUUACUUUAUUAAGCUGUAUUGAUGUUUCUGACUGUAGAAAUAUAUUUGUCUUUUCACUUGCAUACUUUUAAUUUAAAACUAUUUAAAAGAACUGAAGUUCUGAUUGUUGUAUAUAUUUUUCUAAAAGCCAAAUAAAGUUACCUAUGAAAAGAAA